GCAAAAUUAAACGCAAAAAAAAAAAAAAAUCCAAAGAUUCAUGGCGUCGCGGUUGCAAAUUGAGGGCGAUGACUCGGUGCUGCUCCGAGUAAGUCACUCCAACCUCAAGAACUUCGCCGCCGACGUUCGGUUCUCUCUUCAGAUGAACGUGGAAGCAGUGAAAGAUAAGCUGUGGAAGAAAUGCGGGACUUCCUUGAAUUCAAUGCGGUUAGAGCUUUACGAUGAUUGUAAGAAUAAACUUUGUGAUUUGAGUGAUGAUUCAAGACCUCUCGGUUUCUAUUCUCCACUUGAUGGGUUCCGAAUACACGUUAUAGAUCUUGAUCCUUCAUCAGUAACCUCUGGAGGAUGGCUUGAAGAUACUUCACUAGUUGAAAAGUACUCCAUUUCUGAAGAGGAAUACAAUAAACGUUCCGGUACUUUUAGGAAAUUCAAGGAAAAAAUGGCAUCUCAGAAUUCAUCAGCAUUUACGAAUAAAAUGUCGGACAACUAUAUGGAAGAACUCUGUGCAACUAUCAAGGUAGAAGAAAGAUGCGAAGUUGAACCAGGGGAGAAAAGAGGGGUUGUCAAAUAUGUGGGUCGAGCAGAAGCAUUAGGGCCAGGCUUCUGGAUUGGAGUUCAGUAUGAUGAACCAUUAGGAAAACAUGAUGGCAUGGUGAAAGGAACACGAUAUUUUCAAUGCCCUCCGCUUUGUGGUGCAAUGGUUAGGCCUGACAAAGUAAAGGUUGGUGACUAUCCUGAACGAGAUCCCUUUGAGGAGGAUGAAAUAUAACGCGGUUGUGAAAUUGUACUGCUACAUUUCUAUUUCCAUGCAGUAUCAAUAACCUUAUGGAGAUUGGCAAUCGUUUUUCAUAUAUAUGAUAUUGUUGUACAUUUGGUGUGGCAAUGAUGUGUGAGACUGUUUGGAAGAUAAGAAACUUUAAGAUUGAAAAAGCAGGUAUUCCUCUUUUUGUGUUUGCA